AUGGAAACGGAUGAAAUGGUAUCAGAGAUGGAAGAGCUGCCCAAGACUAUCGUGCACAGAGUGGUUAAGGAUAAGCUCAACGAGUGUUCACCCGAUACUGACAUCACCGUCAAUAAAGACUCCCUUCUCGCUUUCAUCGAAAGCGCCCGUAUCUUUAUCCACUACCUCUCCGCCACGGCUAAUGAUAUAUGCAAGGAGUCAAAGAGGCAAACUAUUAAUGCUGAUGAAGUAUUAAAAGAAAUUGAAGAAAUUGACUUUCCUGAGUUCGUUGGCCCUCUUAAAGCUUCCCUUGAUGGACAGGAACUUGCUUUCUAUGUUUUUAUAUUUGAAAAACUUAUUCUGAGAACCGGUCGAAGAUGAGGUGUAACCACCGCAGUGGUUCCAAGAACUUUAUCCAGCACAAAAAG